UAGAACAGAUAACCACAAUGAAAAUGGACCUUCAAGUGAGUCUCACUUGGAUGCUUCUGUUAAGUACUUCUCUCCUAUGUGAACCAGCAAAUGGUUUCUGGUGGCAGUCAACAGAAGAAAGUGAGGAUUCAGACUCACUAUGGGCCAAAUUCUCUGAAUGGUUUAAGAAGACAUUUAAACCUAACGAAGAUACACCACAAUUGCGACUGGCAUCUGGUGGGGACAGAUGCGCUGGAAGGGUUGAAGUUUACCACGACAGCGAGUGGGGGACAGUCUGUGAUGAUUUCUUUGAUAUGAACAGUGCCAACGUUGCAUGUAAACAACUCAAUUGUGGCCAAGCUGUUUCAUCCCUGGGGUGGGCUUACUUUGGCCCUGGCAAAGGAAGCAUCCUUUUGGAUGAUGUAAAGUGUGCAGGAACCGAAUCUCACAUUUGGGACUGUCCGCAUGCUGGCUGGAACAAAAGUGACUGUGGGCACAACGAGGAUGUCGGUGUCAUCUGCUCAGGUGCAGUGCAGACCACGAUCGCACCAACAGAUACAUCUUCUACAUCCACUGUCAUCACAGACAGAAGUGCCACAUCAGCUACUGAAAUCCCCACCACAACUCAUGAAGGUUCCACCUCCACUACAGACAAAGACUGGACACUAACAACCUCCGCCUUGCCACAGGAAGCUUCAACUAGUGAUUCUCCCACAGAAAUAGUCAACCUGAUCACAUCGACCCCAGUCACAGAGAGCAGUGAGCCCGUGACAACCCCAGCACCACCCUCCACGCUGAGCAAAGCAGUUCCAGCCCUGUCCCUGCGACUCGUAGACGGUGACAGCAGGUGCUCAGGCCGCGUGGAGCUCUAUUACAACGGCAGCUGGGGAACGGUCUGCGACGAUGCCUGGGAGCUGGGGGCUGCCGAGGUGGUAUGCCGGCAGCUGGGCUGUGGGGAGCCUAUGCUGGCAGUGCCUGAAGCCCAGUUUGGCCAGGGCUCUGGGAACAUCCUCCUAGAUGAUGUGCAGUGUGGAGGGGACGAGGACAGCCUGUGGGACUGCUCUCACAGAGGGAUAGGUGUGCACAACUGUCAGCCAAAAGAAGAUGCCGGCGUCAUUUGUGCAGAGCCUGUUACUCCUCCGGUCCCAGAGGAGCCUGUCCCAGCUGAGCUGUCCCUGAGGCUGGUGAAUGGAGACAACGAGUGCUCAGGGCGCCUUGAAAUCUUCCACAAUGGCAGCUGGGGAACCAUCUGCGACGAUUCCUGGAACAUAAACAGCGCCAGGGUUGUGUGCAGGGAGCUGAGCUGCGGAGAUGCCAUCUCAGCCAAAAUUGAUGCCUUUUUUGGAGAAGGCACGGGAGAUAUCUUCAUGGACGACGUGAAAUGCACAGGGGAUGAGUCCUUCCUGGUGCAGUGCACUCACAGGGAGCUGGGAACGCAUAACUGUUUCCACAAGGAGGAUGCUGGUGUCAUCUGCACAGGCCCUGUGGAUCUUACCACUCCUGGAACAACAGCCCCAGUUGAGUCCACCACAGCUGAAACUUCAGACAGGGAGGAACAUGUGCUGGUGCUGGUACUGGCCCAGUAUAACCUGGAGUUAGCACUGGAUCGCAUCACUCCUAGGACAACCCCACAUCACAGACAGUACUGA